GGCUUUUAAACAAAACAAAACAAAACAAAAAAAGGGAAGGGGAAGUAGAAUAGAAGGUGAAUGAUGAGUGGGGCAAAGGAAAGAUGCAAUUUCAAGGCUUCACUUGAAAUUAUUGAACAUUCUUUACAAAAGUACUAGAAAAAAAUGUCGAAAGUAGACAAAAUGCUUUAGGAAAAAUGUGAGGUUCAUAUAGAGACCAUAAAGACCACCCACCUUACUUUAGGGCGCAUUAAAACUGGCAAACCAUUUUACUUAUCUUAAUUCAUUAGAUUCUCACACAACCUUGUGAGAUAGUUGUUGUCGUUAUCCCCACUUUACAGAUGGGGAAACUGAGGCACAAGGAAGAUUAACUGAAUUUGAACUCGUUUCUUCCUCAUGCUAAGUUCAGCAUUCUAUCCCUCUUGUCACCUACUUGCCCAAAGCCACAGAGAUACCAAGUAUCAAAGUCAGGUACAAAUCCAAGCUAACAACAAUGAUUGUUAUUACCCUAUUUUAUAAAGGAGAAAACUGAGGCUCAAAGAGGUUGUAACUUGUUUGAGGUCAAGAGGAGGACUCCCCAACCUUUCAGCCUGGAUUUUCUCCUCUUCCCUCGCCACCUCCUUCUAGCUUUCUCUCUGUCUUCUUCCCCAUUCCUUUGAUGCACUGCUGGAAACUAGGCAGUUUUUUAUUUUCAAAAACUGCUUCAUUUCAGUAAGCAUUUAGGAAGUACCAAACAUAUACCUCAAAUCAAUUGAACUCCAGCAAGAGGUGCAACAUGAUUAAGCACCAACUGUAUAUCUAGCGUCUGAGUGGCAAGCCUAAUUGCACUCUUUGGCGGCCCCCGAAUGAGCUCCUGACCCCGCCUUUCCCGGCUGCCCAGAAGACCAAAAGGGUGAUGGAAACCUCAGAAGGGCCUUGCCCUUCCUUGGGCGCCACCAGCCAGUAAGUGGCACCACUAUAAGCCGUCACCUGGGGACCCUCCGCAGCCCGGUGGAGCAUGAUUUGGCUGCUGUGACUGUUUGCAGAUCAAAGGUUAGAGGCAAUGCUUCCCCUGGCCGGCCCCAGGGGGAGCUGUCAGUCUCUGGCCAGUUCCCACCAGGCAGGGCCCCGCAGCUUUGCUAGGCACUGCCAUCCAGCAGAGAGGGGUCCCUAGGCAUGGAAAAAACUGCUACAGAAGGGCCCCGGAAUGAGGAGCUCCUUGUUGACACAGCCAGCUGCAAGCAAGCCUGUCAAUUAUUAACCAAGCGCAGUUGGGCAACAGGAAACUGGAACCCAGUAAGGAAAGAAGAGUCUCAGGGAGGGACCAUCACUGCUCCGACAACUGAGCAGGAGCCUGCUGCGGGUUCUGGGCGCCGGGACCACCCAGACCAUGGAGCCAGGUCCGGAAGCAGGAGACAGCAGCGCGGCGCCUUCCUCAGAAACGGGCCCCGGCCGCAAGCUCCCGGACCCCCGGGGGGCCGCGGGCGCCGCAGCAGAGGCCCUGGGGGAGGGCAGCGCGCCCGGGCCCGGCGGGGAGAGCGGCGAGCCCGCGGCAGAGCCCCCGCCACUGCCCAGCCCGGGCCCCCGGAGCGAUGGCGCGGCCUCGUCCUUCCCGAGCCCUCCGCGGCCCAGCCCUGCUGAUGAGAACAGGCCCAAGUGCGCCACGGGCAUCGGCUUCGUGGGGGAGCCCCCGCCGUAUAGCCCUCCCGACCCCAAGGCUGUCCACGUGCUCUACCCCCCCUUCCCGUCGGGCUUCUCGGGGCAAAUGCCCCUCCUGUAUCCGCCGGGGCCCCCGCCACAGCCGCUGUACCCGCCGGCGCCGGCAGCCACGCCUCUGUACCCGGCGGGACCCUCGCCAACGCCCCUCUACCCACCGGCGCCUUCGCCCCCGCCGCUGUUCCCGGCAUCGAGCCUGCCCUCGGGAGCCUUCCCCUACACCAUUUACAACAACCCCAUGAACGGCGUGGCGGCCGGCCCGGACCGGAGGCCCCUGCCUAAAGAUUACAUGGUGGAGUCUGUGUUGGUGACUCUCUUCUGCUGCCUGAUCACUGGGGUCAUCGCCAUUGUCUACUCGCAUGAGACCCGGGCGGCCCUGAGCCGUGGAGACCUCGCUCAGGCCGAGCAGGCGUCCAAGAAAGCCCGCUCCUUGGUGCUCUUCAGUCUGCUCUUUGGGGUCUUCGUGUCUACCAGCUGGGUCAUCUACGUCAUCGUGGCCCUCUACAUUCCCUGAGGGACCCAGUGGGGGCUUUCUCCCCCUGAGGCUCAGGGCAGUGCCCACCGUGCUUCCCCAGACGCCCAAGCUGCUCUGCUCGGGCAGACUCUUUCCCCUCUCCCGCCUGCCCUCUAGGCAGAGAGCAGGGUCUACAGCGCUGCUCCUCUGCUGCCCACCUGCUGCAGUGCCCCCCGACUGCUGUGGGGAAGCCAGUCCUGCAGCCGAACUCCCCAGGGCCCCGCGUGGCACUGCCCCUUGGCCUGGGGCUCCACCUGAGCUGGGGCACGAGUCCUCCAUGGACUGCCGUGGAACCCCUGCCUAGGGCCAGUCCCUGAGAGACAGAGACAGAGGUGUUCUUACCCGGCAUCUCUCCCAGAGGACAAACCCUUCAUCCAAGGACUGCAAAGCCUGAGAAUUCCUCCCCAGUUCCUUCAUCCCUUUCUCCAAGGAGGGCCCAGGGCAGAGUCAGUCAGUAUUGUAUCAGAGAUGAGCUCAUCUGUGUCCCUGGGCUUCCAUGUUUCCUCUUCUCUCCCCUUUGACCUUUGGCCUUGCUCUCUGCCCCCUUCGUGUUCCCCCCAUCCCAGAGCCAUGGUUUUCACAGUGAAUCCCCUAAACCUUAACUUCCUGAAAUCAGGUAAGUAUGUUUGGUCAAUAAACUAAAAUACUGAGCAAAAUGCUGUACGUGUGGAUAAGGUGCUGGUUGGACUCGAUUGCUUUGGGCGUCGUCCUCUGCCAGACUUAGUCAAGCACCUGGCUUAUGGGCUGCCUCCACCUGCAAUACUCCUGAGGGUGGUUCAAGCCAGAUUAAAAUGUAACUGGGAAAUAUUUAAUAAAUAAAAAUACAAUAAAAAAUAGUAUUUUAAAAAUAAGUCAACAUGCGGCCUAAAAGGACCCUUAUGCAUAGGUUGUUCCUGAGUUUAACACAAAGGAAGCAGUAGUUUGUAGGAAGCAGUCAUUGUUCAAAUUUUCUGUGCUCCUGGAGAAGUGCAUAAUCACUUCUCAAUCCCUGUUGUUUGAAUCACUUAAUCUCUGUCUGCCUUGGUUUCCUCAGCUGUAAAGUAAGAGAUCAUCCUAUCUCAUAGGUUUCUGUGGAGAUCAAAUGAUAGAAUAUUUGUAAAUUGCCUAACAAACUCAAAGUGCUAAAUUAAAUAUUAUUGUUCUUGUUACUCUAUUGGGGAAGAGUUAUAACAGCUAAUGCUUAUACAGCAUUUUAAAGUUUUCACAGCACUUUAUAAUGAUUACAUUUUGUUUCUCAACAGUCCUAUAAAAUAUUACAUUUUGCAAAUGAGGAAACUAAAGUACAUAAUGCCAGGAAGUAUCUGAGGCAGGAUUUGAAUUUAAAUCUUCCUGACUCCAACUCUAGUAUUCUGAUCAUCCAGAUGUCAGCCCUCAGGGAGAUUAUAUUCUAAAGUUUGUUUUUCCCUUAUUAAAGCUUUUUUCAAAACUCAUGCAUGGAUGAUUUUUCA